AUGGAGGAGACCAGUCGGGAGGCAGUUGCCACAGCAGUGCAGCGUGUAGCAGGGAUGCUGCAGAGGUCGGAUCAGUUGGACAAAGUGGAGCAGUACAGAAGGAGGGAGGCUCGCAAAAAGGCCUCCGUGGAAGCCAGACUAAAGGCAGCCAUCCAGUCACAACUGGACGGUGUUCGCACUGGACUUACCCAGUUACACAGCGCCUUGCUGGAUGUCAAAGACAUCCAGGGCUCACUGGUUGAUGUGAGUAAAGACUGGAGGCAGAGCAUCAACACUAUUGAGAACCUGAAAGACGUCAAGGAUGCUGUAGUUCAACACAGUCAGCUGGCUUCUGCUGUGGAAAACCUUAAAAAUAUUUUCUCUGUGCCAGAGAUUGUAGAAGAGACGCAGCAGCUGAUAGAGCAGGCGGAGCUGCUGCAGGCUCAUCGCAAACUAAUAGAACUGGAGUGUUCCAGGGAUGACCUCAUGUAUGAGCAGUACCGUAUGGACAGCAGGAACACCAGUGACAUGAACCUGAUCUCCAUUUACUUUGAGGAUGUUCAAGGCCUAUCGGACGAUCUGGCAAAACAGUUGUGGAUGGUACUGCAGAGGGCAAUGGUGACAGUUCGCCGUGACCCCACUAUGCUGGUGUCCGUGAUACGCAUCAUUGAGCGCGAGGAGAAGAUUGAUCGACGGAUGGUCGACCGCAAGAAGCAGACUGGCUUCAUUCCACCUGGUCGACCAAAACAGUGGAAGGACAGGAUGUUCCAGGUGUUGGAGAGAACAGUCAGCACUCGCAUUGAGGGCACACAGUCAGUGACCAGAGAGGAGGAUAAAAUGUGGCUGGUUCGUCUACUAGAAAUUAUGAGGAAAUAUGUCCUGGACGACCUCAUCAUCGUCAAGAACCUCAUGGCUCACUGCUUCCCUCCACACUACAACACAUUCAACAGGUUUUUCAGUCUGUAUCACAAUGCUGUGUCCUCUCGUGUCAAAGAACUGGCCUUCGAGGAUCUGGAGGCCAAUGAGAUCGUGUCGCUGCUCACCUGGGUCCUCAACACAUACAAGAGUGCGGAGAUGAUGGGCCACCCUGAGAUCCAAUCAGAGUGUGAUAUCAAUCUGCUGGAGCCUCUGCUGCCUCAGGGUGUGGUUGAUGACCUGUUCAGCAAAUAUGUCAAGACCUUUACAUCUAAUAUAACAGGUUGGCUGCGGAAAGCCCUGGAAACGGAUAAAAAAGACUGGCACAAAGAUACAGAGCCUGAGGCUGACCAAGAUGGGUUCUACCAGACCACACUGCCUGCUAUCGUCUUUCAGAUGUUUGAGCAGAACCUACAGGUUGCUGCACAGAUUGAUGGAGAAUUCAAAGAGCAGGUUCUCAAGCUGUGCCUGAAACAGAUGAAUACUUUCCUUCUCAGGUACAGAGAGGAGUGUGUCACCUUCAAAGAAGACCACCUGAGAGACCGACAACUCCCACAGUGUUACGUUCAAUAUAUGAUAGCCAUCAUCAACAACUGCCAGACAUUUAAAGAAUCCAUCAACAGCCUAAAGAGGAAGUAUUCCCGAUCAUCAGAGGCCACAGAGAGUGACGCUGCUAUUGAGAGGACCCUGAACGAGGUGGUCAAGGAAGGAUGUCAGUUCCUUCUAGACGAAGUCUUCCUUGACCUUGAGAAUCAUCUUAAUGACCUGCUGACCAGAAAGUGGCUGACAGGCUCCCACGCAGUGGACACCAUCUGUGUGACCGUGGAGGACUACUUCAAUGACUUCAACAAGAUCAAGAAACCAUUCUGUCAGGACAUGACAAAUGAGGCCUUGCGCCGGGUGGUGGUGGAGUACAUCAAAGCCGUGAUGCAGAAGAAGAUCACGUUCAGAAACGCUGAGGAGAGGAAAGAGGGAGCCGAGAGGAUGAUCAAAGAGGCCGACCAGUUCAAGUUCCUCUUCAGAAAACUGGCUGAUGGUGAAGACACAGAAAAGCUGUGCGGUGCCAUCACUGCUAUCGCAGAGGUGUUUAAGCUGACUGACCCCACACUCCUCUUCCUGGAGGUCACCACGCUGGUGUCCAAGUAUCCUGACAUCAGAGAAGAACACAUCCAGGCGUUGCUGGCUGUGCGAGGUGACGCCAGCAGGGACAUGCGCCAGAUGAUCCUUGGUACCUUCAGCGAGAACAAAGCGUCCAACUCUUUGGUAACACAGCCCAUCUUUAAGGACAUCACUGUGCCUACCAUUUCCAUGCCUACAAUGACCACCAUGACCUCCAUGGCCACAGCAAAGCUGCUGAAAUAAAGCUGAUUUCCCACUCUUCAUCAACAUCAGACACCAUUAUACCUAAUUAAUUCUACAUAGUUUUAUGACACAUUUGUUAAUGUUGUGUUCUCUGUGAUUUUUCCCUAAAAAAUGUCUAAUUCCAGCUGUAAAAAGAAUAAUAAUAAAAUAAUGAGUUGUAAAAAAAAAA